CAUUCGAAGACAUUUCUAGGGUAUAUAUUUCUAUGAUGGAAAACACCACAAUGCCUGCACGCAUGCGUACAUUCUAAAAUACGAUUUGCACAACGGUCUAUCAUCAAAGAUGGCGGGAGCCUCCGACCCACUGGAGGACAUGCUCUUCAAUGAGGUAGAUGAAAAGGCAGUUAGCGACCUAGUUGGCUCAUUGGAAUCACAACUUGGAAGUCAAAAAACUUCAUCUGCACCAUAUUCCGAGGCAAAGAGAGAGGGGCCUUCGGGCGCUGUCAAUCACUUCUCAGGGAAACUGCGUGACCAAGUGGGAUCUCCGGAGCCGCUGCCACAACAAGGACAUUCUAAAGCAGGGUUAAACGAGGAAACGAACGCCGAUGAGGCGCAAUCCAACAAGAUUCUCACCUCUUCUACCUCUUCUAUUUCUACCGGGGGUGUAAUUAACGCUGGUACAAAUUUACAAACACAUGCAGCAUCUCCCGCACCAGGAUCUGCAACUUUACCUGUUCAGACAACCAGCUUUAACAGAGGGACUGUUUUGGGUCCUGCAGGCUCAACGGUAGUGGCUGCCCCAAACCCCAACAUCACAACUGCAGCGGUUAGGACUGCUUCACCUGGAUUACAGAGUUUGAACGGUAACACCGGACCCGUGAAAUUGGUGAACUCGCCUACCAUCGCUGCCCAAACCGGGCCUGGCGUCUCUUUGGCCAACACUGUAAUAAGUACUGUUAGUGCUGGAACCUCCAAUAUAAUAGUGUCCAUGGCCUCGCAGCCUAAUUUUCCUGUACCUCAGACAACCGUGGUUUCUCCCACGGUUGCGUUGCAACGGCAUCCUAAUCCAAUCUCCAGUGUCUCACAGAACGGAAUAGACCCCAAAGUUUCACCUUUGACCACGCAAAGCGCCGGAUCCCCGGGUCAGACCACCACAUCUCAGGUCAUGAACCCUAGCAACACAAUCAUGAGCCCCAACAUGGUGGUGCAGAGCCAGCCUGUGUCUGGCAGCCCUGUGGUCCUCGCCAGCACCCCCCCGCCUGCUGUCCACUCCCCCAUAAGCCAGGUGCAGAGCGCGGGGAGCCCGGCUGUCACGCUGACCGCUGGGGUCAAGCCGGCGGUCAACGGAGUGGGCCAGCCCACCGUCACCAUCAUGAGGCCCCCGGGGCCCACCGUCAUGGCAACCUCCAUCCAGCAGCAGAGGCCUGGGCUGGUGGCCAGUCCUACGAGGACCGUGGCCCCCCAGCUGGCUGCCAGGCCCCCCCAGCAGACCACCAUCCAGCUGCCCCCUGGCUUCACCAUCCCUCCAGGCAUGGUUCUGGUACGGACAGAGACGGGCCAGCUGGUGAUGGUGCCCCAGCAGGUUCUGGCCCAGGCCCAGGCUAAGACCCAGGCCCAGGGGGUGACCAACAUCUCCCCCAGGCCUGCCACCCCAACGUCUGGGGCCACCAUCCGCGUGGCUACCCCCAGUCAGGCGGUAACCAUGGCUCCUGUAACCAUGGCUCCUGCUGGCGUGAAGAUGGCUGCUCCCCAGAAGACCCAGACGGUCAUCGCCGGGGGCCAGGUCGUUGCCGGGGGCCAGGUCGUUGCCGGGGGCCAGACCCUGGCCAAGCCGGCCGUCCGCCCCACGCUGACACCCACCUCUGCUGCAUCUGCUCCACCUCCUCCCCAGGAAAUGAUGGAAAACGUGAAGAAGUGCAAGAACUUCCUGGCCACGCUGAUUAAGCUGGCGUCCCAGAACUCCCCGUCGCCCAACACCUCCAAGAACGUGAAGGGCUUGGUGCAGGAUCUGCUGGAUGCCAAGAUCGAGCCAGAGGAGUUCACCACACGCCUGCAGGCUGACCUGAAGUCGUCCCCUCAACCCUACCUCAUCCCCUUCCUCAAGAAAAGCCUCCCAGCUCUGCGUCUGUCUCUGCUCAACAACCAGCAGUCUCUGCUCUCAGCCACACAGGCUGCUGCCUCCACCGUGAUGGUGUCCCCCUCCCCGGGCCUCGCCCCCUCCACCGUGAUGGUGUCCCCCUCCCCGGGCCUCGCCCCCUCCACCGUGCGGGCGCGGCCCCCCACCUGUUCCGGCGUGGCCCCCCUCAGGACAGCAGGGGGCCUGGGAGCCAUGGGAGCCACGGCCACUCAGGGCCUGAGGAGACCAGGGGUACAGGGGCUCCAGACCCGGAUGCCCAUGGUCAUCUCCCCGACCAUCCGGCCACAAGGUGCUGUGGCAAGAGGCGGGACCAUUAUAGCUAGCAGAAGUGCUAUUGGCCUUUCUGCUCAGGCCACAGCCAAUCAGAAGAAGCUGAGUGACCCUGGGGGAGGGACCUUCAGGGAUGACGAUGACAUCAACGACGUAGCGUCCAUGGCCGGGGUGAACCUGAACGAAGAGAACGCCCGUAUCCUGGCAACCAGCUCUGAGCUGGUAGGGACUAAGAUCCGCUCCUGCAAAGACGAGGCGUUCCUGCCCCCAGGCCUCCUGCACCGCCGCAUCCUGGAGACCGCGAAGAGGUUUGGUGUGACCGAGGUCCCGGUGGAGGCCCUGAACUUCAUCUCCCAUGCCACCCAGACCCGCCUGCGCUCCAUCCUGGAGAAGGUGACCACGGUGGCACAGCACCGCACGGACGGCGGCAAGGAUGAGGAGUGGUAUGAGCAGUCGUCAGACGUCAGAACUCAGCUCCGCUUCUUUGAGCAGCUGGAGAGGCUGGAGAAACAGCGCAAGGACGAGCAGGAGAGAGAGAUUCUCCUGAAGGCUGCCAAGAGCCGAGCCAGACAGGAAGACCCAGAACAAGCACGACUUAAGCAGAAAGCUAAAGAGAUGCAGCAGCAGGAGCAGGCUCAGAUCAGACAGCGGGAGGCUAACCUCACGGCCCUCGCUGCCAUCGGUCCGCGCAAGAAACGCAAGAUGGACUCCCCAGGAGGCUCUUCUGCUGGGCCCCCGGGGCGGCAGUAUGGGCGUCUCCCCACCCCCCAGGGGGGUGCCCCCAAGCAGCACUCCCAAACAAAGACCAGAGAGGGCCUCAGUGCCGGGUGGCCUCAGGCUCGGGGUUGGCCUCGUCCCCGGCCUCCUCCUCGCGGGCAGCAGCUUCGUCAGCGCAUCACGCGAGUCAACCUCAGGGACUUCAUCUUGUGUCUGGAGCAGGAGCGAGCAACGUCACACUCCCUGCUGCUCUACAAGGCUCUGCUCAAGUAG